UUAAACAGGACUUUGCAGACACGGCGCUGCUUCUCUCCAAGGCCAAUGUGGACCAGAAUGCAUUGCAGGCGUUUGCCCGCGAGGCCGCCGACUUCUCGACCAAUCAUCAGCUCCCGUCUCUGGACUUUGCCAUGAACCACCGCGCCCAGCCGGACGUGGCCAUGUUUGACUUCACCUGCAUGUACGCGUCGGAGAACGCGGCCGCGGUGCGGCAGCGCCACGGGCACCAGCUGCUGGUCACGCUGGUGGGGGACAGCCUGCUGGAGCCCUUCUGGCCAAUGGGAACAGGGAUAGCUCGAGGUUUUCUGGCGGCGUUGGAUUCAGCCUGGAUGAUCAGCCGCUGGAGUCAGGGAGCGGCUCCGCUGGACGUACUGGCAGACCGAGAGAGUCUGUACCGUCUCCUCCCUCAAACGACUCCAGAGAAUCUCCAGAAGAACUUCAGUCUGUUUACAGUCGACCCGACGACCAGAUACCUGAACACCAAGCUGCGGCUGACCACACCUGCCCAGGUGAGACACCUGGUGGACACAGGUGAGGGGACGGGGCUUAACACAGCCUGCGGUGACAUCAUUCGCCUGCCGUCAUCCCACAGCUCUCUCUCUCGGUCCAAUCAGCUGCUGACCUGGUGUCAGGAGCAGACACGUGGUUACUGUGGCGUUGCCGUAAACGACCUGACGACUUCCUGGGAGAGUGGGCUCGCUCUCUGUGCCUUGAUUCACCGAUUCAGACCGGAUCUCAUAGACUUUGAGUCCCUGGACGCGUCCUCCGUGGACGCUAACACCCGGCUGGCAUUGGACGUGUCUCAGCGAUACUUCGGGAUCUGUCCCCUGAUGACAGAGGACGAGAUGUGGUCGGACUCUCUGUCUGUGGUGAUGUACCUUAGCCAGUUCUACCAGCUACUCAGGGACACAGCCCCCCCUGCAGGUGAUCUGAAUCCGAGCUCUGACCUGAGAUCAGCACCUGUCUUACUCCUCAGCAGACUGAGGGACACCAAGGAUCAGAGAGACGCUGUAAAGAGGAGGAGGACGAGUCGGCAGGUCGGUUUAUUUUCUAUUUUAGAGACCAAAGAAUAUAUAUAUAUUCAGGUCCGGGGACUGUGGGGGAGCAGCACUCCAUCACUCUCCUUCUGGGUCCAACAGCCCCUACACCGUCUGGGGGGGUGUUUGGGGUCAUUGUCUUGUUGGAAAAUAAAUGAUGGUCCAACUAAACGCAAAUCGGAUGGGAUGACAUGCCGCUGCAGGAUGUUGUGGUAG